AUGCGCUCCAGCAUCGCCUGCGCUCGCUGCCGUCGCAGCAAGAUCAAGUGCGUCAACAACGGCAUCGACACCACCUGUCGCGCCUGCGAGUCCUCCGGCCGGGAAUGCGUCUAUCCCACCCCGGCGCUGGGCCUGCACGCCGCCAAACGAGAUAUCCACGCCCUGGUCGACGCCGACGAUCGCGACUGGGACAGUCCCAAGAGGCAGCGCUCGCGCAAGGCCGUUGUCGCGGCCGCCGCGGCUGCCGCGGCCGCCGCCUCGCUCAAGGACGUCGCUGCCCACGACGUCUUGGAUCCGACGCUGUUGACCGUCAAGGUCUGGGAAAGUCUGGCCGAUCUCUUCCAGGCUCAUUGUGCGCCUCUCCUGCCCUUCUUGCACCCGGCAAGCUUCCUGGCGCAGAUCCGCCAACACCCGCCGACGUCUUCCCAACAACAACAACAACAACAACAACAACAACAACAGGACUCACCAUCCCCGCUGGUUCUCCUAGGCGUGCUGGCGUUGACCGCACGCUAUCACCCGUCCCUCGUUGCCCUGCACGCCUCCCCCCUGGCGGCGUCCGAGUUCUACGCCGCCGCUCUGCGCGCCAGACUAGCCGCCAGCGAUCUGGCCUGUCGUCCGGAGCUCUCGCGGGUUCAGGCAUGGCUGAUGCUGGCCCUGUACGAGUGGCAGACGUGUCGGGCCACUGCGGCCUGGCUGGCCGUAGGCCUGGCCGUGCGGCUGGCGCAGGCGGCUGGGCUGCUGUUCGAGCUGGAACAACGGUCUGCUUCGUCGGCCUCGCUGUCGUCGGACGAGGUCAUUCUCCUCGAGACCAAACGUCGCACCGUCUGGGCCUGUUUCCUGCUCGACCGUUGUCUGGCGAGUGGUCGCUAUCGUCCUCGUCUUCUUCGCGCCCGGGAUCUCGCCCUCCAGCUGCCGAGUGAUCAUGCCUUUGCUUUUGGUGAACGUGUCCGUACCGCCCGUCUACAUGAACUACCGCCUAGAAGACCCCCUAGCUUUGGCGCAGGAGGAGUAGGAAUGCAGAUCCCCAGUAUACGGCAGAGUAUCGCCGGAUUACCACCAGAGUCCCCUCCCCAGGCGAGUAUCGGCCCUGGAGGCCCCGACGAGGAGAUCGACCGCUGGGAGGUGGGUGCCGAGGAGCCCGUGGUGAGCCGGGUGGUUCGCAUCGUGCGCGUCUGGGGCAGUGUCGCGCAGUGGGCGUGUGCAGGUGGCCGUCGUGCUGAACAUCUCCCAGCCUGGCAGGGGGAUUCGCGCUUCGCCUCGCUGCGUGCCCAGCUGGCCGAUUUCCACGAUGGCCUCUCGCGCAACCUGCAGUACUCGCCGCGCAACACCGACACCCACAUCAUGUACCGCAACACCGUCGCCGCCUACACCGUCAUGCACCUCGUCGCCUUCCUCGCCGCCCUCGUCUUGCACCGCUCCGCCCUCCCCUUUCUUCCCCUACGAUGUACCGAGCCCGGAGGCCCCCCCGAUGAUCCCGUCGAUGCCUCCAGCCCUGCCGCCGCCGCCGCCGCCAGACCGGAGGGGUUCUGGCGCGAAAGUGCCCGUGAGCUGGUCCGUACGGCCCGGCAGAUCCUCGCCCUGGCCGUGACCUGCCACGAGCGAGACGUGCUGGCCGAAAACCCGCUGGUAGGAUUCGCCGUCUACCAGGCCGGCCUGGUGUUGCUGUAUGCCGCGCACUUUCCACACAUGGAUCCGGACAGCAACGGCAUCAAUCCUACCACUAAUCCUACCGAUUAUUCCAACCUCGGCGCCGUCAGGAAGAGUCUGGAGAUGCUUCGGGAGAUGCGUCCGCGUCUGAAGAUGGCGGCUGGUUGGUUCCGGACCCUGCAUCGUCUGCACCGGUACUGGACCAAGGCACAGCGAGACUCGCCGCCUCCUCUCCUUCGUCGAGGCACCAUUGUCGACCCUUCCCCCCCGGACGAAUGGAAGCGGCUUGACAAGUUCUUUGCCGACGGGGGAAGACCAGAAGACCAACUCCUCCCCGACGAGGAAGACGAAGGCCGCAACCGGGUCAACAGCGUGAGCGACCGCAUGAACAGCCUCAGUGACCGGGUCAAUAGUAUCAGUGAUUCCGGCAGCACCACGGCCAACAAUGUGGUCAAGAGCGAGGCCAGCGUCGACCUGUCGGACCAUGACCCCCGCCGGGAAUCAUGGGUGCCUGUGAAUAACACGACGACGACGACGACGACGACGACGAAUAACACCAACAAUCCCACGGGCAGCCCCAGCAUGACACUGCCCUUGCCCGAUGAACGGCGGCCGAGUCUGCCCUUACCAAACAACCCGGGCAGACCGUCUUUCUCCCUUCCCUCGCUGCAUCUCAACCCGGACGGAUCCCUCUUCAACAGCGGCAGCAGUCCACCCAGUCUUCCCUCGUUGACGGCGCCGACGUCCUCCUCAUCGCGCCUCCAGUCUUUCAACUCGAUCUUCCCCCCUCGACCAUCGCCACAGGCACAGUCCCAGACACAAUCACAGACACAGUCCCAGACACAAGCUCAACAGCAACAUCCUCCGCAGAGUCAAACACCACCCACUCUUCCCUCCAUUGCAGGGCUCUCGAUGCUCCCUCGCCCAGUGUCGACGUACCCGGCCGAACACUGUCUUCCUCCUGACCCGGUGACCUCGAACAUGAACAUGACCGUCCCCCUGACCGUGCCCUCGCCCAUGCACAUGAACAUGAAUAUUCUCGCAAUGAGCUUCGGGGGCGACGACGUGAUUGCCUUUCUUGCAGGGAGUGAGGCGGAUUCAUGGGGGAACAUGACCGCCUCCUCCGAGGGGGUUCCCAUCGGCUGGAUGAAUGCUAUAUGGAGAUGA